AGAGAGAGAGAGAGAGAGAGAGAGAGAAAACAGUGAAAGUACUGGCCUCUGAUAGACUCAUGAGCAAACAGCUGUUCAGGACAGACCCAGGACAGACACGGGACACAAAAUGCAAAGCUGUCAGUACUGACAUGCUGGAGACUGGACAACUGUGAUGAAGGAGGGCUGAAGAGAAGGGAGGCGGGCAUCUGGAUUAGAAAGUGAGUCCCUCUAAAUAUAUGGCAUUCAGGAAGAGAAUAGAACAGGAAUGGACUAGGAGGUGCAUGCACUAGUAGAUGGAAAUUUUGAAGAGGAACUAUAAAAGCAACAGGAUAGUUCCUGAGAGAUCGAGAGAAGUAGAGAGAGACAACACUAGUGAGAGAAGGAGAGAGAGCGAGAGAGAGAGAGAGAGAGAGAGAGAGAGAGAGAGAGAGAGGAGAGGGAGCAGAAACAAGGGGGUGUGAGACACACACCAAAAAAGGGCUUGAGCCAGAGCUGGAAUCAAUGCUUACUGGACAAACACAUAGACGCCAGGGGAGAAGAAUAAGGCAAUAGCAGAAGACAGUGAAUGAGAGAGAGAGAGAGAGAGAGAGAGAGAGAGAGAGAGAGAGAGAGAGAGAGGGACAGACAGACUGAUUUGUGAGGGGCAUUAAAAAAUAACAGGGUGCUGGGUAAGUGUAUUAAAGUAUGUGCAGUAUGUUUUGAGGUUAGUGUAGUGUACAGAUUCAUAAGAGUGAGGGGAAAAGGGAGUGUCUAUUAUUUGUGGCAAUGGAAUAAACCUGUAGUUGAACACACACUGUAAGCUGAGGUGUGCCACCAUGUCCACGGGCUCUGGGCCCCGAGAGGCCCCUCUGCCCAGAGAGAAGCUGUUGAAAGAGCCUGGUGUACUGAUGGGGAGCUCAGAACAUAGUCCUGUGGGACUUCAGACACUACUUGACCUGCUGGUUGGAGUCUACGAGGAGUUCCACUCUUCUGAUGCAGCUAGAGACAGAUACGUCAGACGUUUCCUGCAGUGGGCGGAGCCUCUGGUGAGCCAAGUGAAGAAGACACGCAUAAAAAGGGAUGAUUUCAACAUCUUGAAGGUUAUAGGCCGGGGCACCUUCAGUGAGGUUGCUGUGGCUAGAAUGCGAGACACUCAACAGGUCUAUGCAUUGAAGAUAAUGAACAAAUGGGACAUGCUGAAGAGGGGAGAGACAGCAUGCUACCAGGAGGAAAGGGAGGUUUUGCUAAAAGGGGAUCGUCGCUGGAUCACUGAGUUGCACUACGCUUUCCAGGAUGACAAUUACCUUUAUUUAGCAAUGGAUUACUAUGUUGGUGGAGACUUGCUGACCUUGCUUAGUAAAUUUGGUGACCAUAUUCCAGAGGACAUGGCUCGGUUUUACUUAGCAGAGAUGGUGAUGGCUAUUGACUCUGUCCACAGACUGGGCUAUGUCCACAGAGAUGUGAAGCCUGAUAACAUCCUGCUAACAGCGGAUGGACAUGUGCGACUGGGGGACUUUGGGUCAUGUUUGAGACUGCAGGAUGAUGGCUUGGUUCACUCUUCACUGGCUGUAGGUACUCCAGACUACCUGUCUCCAGAGAUCUUGCGAGCAGUAGAAGGCGGAGGAGGCUAUGGUAUAGAGUGUGACUGGUGGGCUCUUGGUGUGUGUGCGUAUGAGAUGCUUCUGGGGACCACACCCUUUUAUGCAGAGUCUCUGUCUGAAACCUAUGCAAAAAUAAUCCACUUUCAGGAUUAUUUUGAGUUCCCUGCAUCUGCUGAGGAAAUUUCAGAGGAAGCACGUAGCCUGAUCUCUGGUUUGCUAUGUGACAGGAAUGAGAGGCUGGGUGCAAAUGGCUCUGCAGAUUUCCGGAGUCAUCCCUUCUUAAGUGGACUUGAGUGGAGCGCCCUGCAUCAAUUGCCUGCUCCUUAUCAGCCUGAGGUUUCCAAUGCUACAGACACCUCCAACUUUGACGUGCUGGAUGACUGCCUAAGUGAAACAGAGACAAUAACUGAUGUAAUGGAUCGAGCACCUACAGGAAUUCACCUAGCAUUUGUUGGAUACUCUUAUACAGCUACCAGAGAAACAGGAGCUGUGGACCGCAGCCAAGACAUCAUGAUGGAGAUUGACCAACAGCCAGUUCUAGAGUCUCUGUACCUGCAGGAUAAUCUGAAACAAGUAUGGCAGCUCAGGAAAGCUCUUGAGGUGUCAACACAGACAGAUUUUUCCCUGCCCCUUGAACACAGUACUGUAGAGCCUUCAGCCACAUCAGAUACAGAAAAAAGUGAUGCCCAAAUCCAGGAACUACAUAGGCAACUAAGGGAAGCCGAACAGCAGAACAAAGACCUGAAAGAAGAAGUACAAACCCUGCAUGACGAGAUCCAAAGACUCAAAGUCCAGCAGGACAAAGAACUGUGUGUGUGCCCAUCGCCUGUCUUUCUGCCUGCCUGCUGUUUGGAGCCUUUCAGGGAUAGCUCAGCAGUGCCCCCUGCUUGCCAUUACCCACUAGUGAUUCCUCUGCUGCGCCACCUGCUGCUCUUCCACAGGGUGCGUUGGCCACAGGUGAAGACUGAGUCAUACCUGCUAGUGUGUGCAGAAAGCAGAGAAAUCCAGAUGUGGAAACGCUACUGCAGUUCUGAGCUCUCCUGAGCAACUCUGUGUGAAGAGGUGAUGUCGAGUUCUCUGUGUGGGUCCAGCAUGAUUAUAUGACCUUCUCAGUCAGCUUGUAUAGUCCUGUCUGUCAAACUGUCUAUACUGCUGGGAUCCAUCGUGUUGUAAACACCGUUCAGGAGUACUGUAUGUGUAACUGGGGUUCAUUCAGUAACCGGUAGCAAGAUUUAUUUGUUCCUGUUUACUUCACACAGCCACUCGAUUUUCAUUGAUUUUCAGUUUCAGGCCGACUGACACUUGAUUGCACUUGUCAAUGAAAAAUGGGUAUACGGUCUUUCAAUUUGUAUGAUACUCCUUUUGAAACACAAUUAAGCUUCUGUAACAUCAUUUAUACAAGUACUAUCUGAUGCAUUACAGUCUUUGUGUGUAUCAGGCAAUGACACCUACAUAUUCACAGUAGCUUAGGAAUAGUUAAAGAAAAAACAGGAGAGGACAUGGAGGAAGACCACUGAAACCCAGGUGUGCUGUUAAAAUGCACUGUGUACUUAAAAGUCUUUAUUAUCUUUUGUACAAAGAAAGUAUUAAAUCUAUUGCAUAAUUAAAUGCUAUAAAUGUUAGCUAUUACAAUAUUUAUUACAGGACUACUAAAUAUGAAUUGUCCAUAAAUUGCUUGAGUGAAAUAUAGCUGUUUAUGGUGUGGCAAAGACAUCAUGUCUUUUUUUUAAGGUGUUAAUGAUGAAUAACAAUUAAAUAAAAGUUUUCAUCUGAGUUUACAUCUGUUAA